AUGACCUUGGGCCAGCCAGGAUUCUGCCUUCACAAAGUCAAGUUUGUGAAAGAUUCUGCCUUUUUGUGCGGUACUACUGGAAGCAUCUGUGCUACCUUGCAUGGUAGCGGACCCCUCGGUUCUGCAACCAGGGCUCAAGCUGGUCGCGCGGUUGCAAGGAGCGGCCUGCCAGAGGAGUGCUCUGCGUGCGACGAACGCACAAAGGCAAACAGGCCAGCUGCGGCCAAGUUUGCCCAACAGCGUUUGGGCCAGAGGAAACAGAGGUUCAAGCCAGUGAAGUCGCACCUGACAGCCUUUAUCAGGCGGUUCCACGACCUAAGAAAGAAGAACGAAACAAGGCCUUUCCCAAAGGUCAAGCCAGAGGAAGUAGACGCACAAGAGGACGAAGAAGAAGAAGCCGACCCAGGUAGCGAUGUCGACUUCAGCGGAGACGACCCCAGUUCCGGGGGGGGACCUGCAAGUCAGCCUCAGCAACAGCAGUUGUUGCGUGAGUUGGCUCAAGCAAGAGCGGCAAUUCAGACCUUGGCUGGGCAGGUUGAAGCUCAGCAAACGCAACUCAACCAAAUGAGUCAGGCCAGAAGAGAUUCAAGACUGUCGGACUUGAGCGGGAUGAUCCCCGCAAAUGAGUGGCUGAGGGUGUCAAACCAGGGUGCAUCCUCAUCCUUCAACCCCAUCGUGGACACCCGAACUUUGGGGAAACCAGAGAUCUUCAAGAGCGACCCAUCCGAGUACUGUGAUUGGAGCUUUGUCCUGAAGAGCUACUUGGCGUGCAUCUCGCCUGACUACAUAGAUCUUUUGGACAGGAUCGCUGGUGAUAGGAAGCUGUCAACUCAGCUGUGCUACAUCCUGGUGAUGUUGGUGAAAGGCAGGGCCCUGGACGUAGUUCAGAACACAGGUCCUGGUGAAGGUGCUGAGUCCAUGAGACGGGAAGAAAUGUUUCACCUCCGUGUAGCCAGUCGGUUCGUGGGCACACUCAGCCUAAACCUCAGCACCAGAUUUUCUGGUGACGAUCCCGAAGCAGAAUUGGAAGCCUUCGAGAAAACCAUCCGGAGAUAUGAAGAAGAAAGCAGCAAAAGCAUUGAUGACGAGAAUGCCGUGCCGCGGAAAAGCAAAAAGGUCGAUGAUGAGCCAGAACCCUUAUCAGCAGCCGUGGAUGGCACUUUGCCAGAUCUGAUAGCUGCACUCAGCGGUUCCUGCAAACACGUUUUGGUUGACACUGGAGCCGGGUCCCCUUUGUUUGAAAAGAAUUUUGACCCAAACGCCACUACCAAAACCAAGGGCUCAAGUAGUGGCAUGGUCACUGUAACAGGGGAAACUGUGGACACCGGUUUCAAGAAGAAAAGUGUGAUUGCAGUGAACAAUGGUACGAAGUUUUCGGUUGAAUACUUUGAAUCAGACAAGAUCAAUUUCAGCGUUUUGUCAGCUGGUCAAGCUGCGCGGCCAGCAGCCAAAACAGUGGCUGCUGAAGCCUACGCUGAGGAAGGUGUGGUCAACAAAGGUGUUGACAAGUACGCCGUACAUCUGGUCACUGAGGGGCGGAGGAGCACAGGACGCCAGAAAAUGAUUUUGAUGACGGACGCUGAGCCUUCGAUCAGGGCAUUGGCCGAAGCUGCAGGCAAAGAAUGGGGCAAGGAGUGCCAGAUCCAAGUGGCUCCUCGAGAGUCACAUGCUUCGAAUGGUGCAGCGCGGAAAGGGCUAUCCUUGAGUUGGCGAGGUCGUGGAAAGUCUCCGGGGGCUUCAGCGUACCAGAUGCGAGGUGAAGGAACGAUAUUGAAGAUUAGCAUGGCAAGUGAACUUUGUGGAAUGGAACAGGUUGGCAGCUGGGCUUCAUUGGGUGGCAGUGAGGCUGCAGCAGACUUCUUGAAGUUGAAGCAAGAGGCUGGAAUGGCUUUGCUCGGCACCGAGACGACCCAGACCUGCACGGAAGCCAAAGAGCAAGAAGCGGAGAAGAUUUGUGCCAAACACCUCCCAAAAGAUGACGACCACGCAGAAGUUUUCAUCGACUGCGUCUACGAUGUCUGCCAUGGAGGUGGAGAAGAAGAUGCCCUGAGUGCCGCUGCAUUGAUCUCUGCCUAGCUCUGACCUCAUGUCAGAUGGGCCGUUUCAAACUCUGUUUUGAAUUCCGUCUUGAAAACAGAGCUAGCUAGGCCAGUCAGAGUUUUGAUGUUGCUUUCAACGCUGCCCCGUGGGCUUAUAUUAUAAAUUAUAAUAUGUUCCAGAUUGAUCAGAUUGCGAGCACACGCCUCC